AUUUUAUUUAGUUUGCCUUUGGGUCCUGGUUCGCCUCAGUACCUGGGUGCAGCCCGCAGCCCUGGGGGCGGCUCUGUCACCUGAACCAUGAGGAUCUGGUGGCUCCUGUUUGCCACUGGCGUUGGCAUAGGGAAUGUGAACUCACAGGAUGUGUGCCGGCAAGGGCACCCUGGUGUCCCUGGGAAUCCUGGUCACAAUGGUUUGCCUGGAAGAGAUGGACGAGAUGGAGCAAAGGGUGACAAAGGGGAUGCAGGAGAACCAGGACAUCCUGGUGAUCCAGGGAAGGAUGGAAUGAAUGGAGAAAAAGGAGAUCAAGGAGCAAAUGGAAAAGUUGAAGCUAAAGGCAUCAAAGGAGAUCCAGGCUCCAGAGGACCCCCAGGGAAACAUGGGCCCAAGGGACUUGUUGGCCCCAUGGGGGAGAAAGGCCUCAGAGGAGAGACUGGUCCUCAAGGGCAAAAGGGGGGGAAAGGUGAUAUGGGUCCCAUUGGUCCAGAAGGGCUGAAGGGCAACACUGGACCGUUGGGCCCAACUGGUUUACCUGGCCCCAUAGGCCCCAUUGGCAAGCCUGGUCCCAAGGGAGAUACUGGGCCACUGGGGCCUCAGGGUGAGCCAGGAGUCCGAGGAUUGAGAGGCUGGAAAGGGGAUCGAGGAGAAAAAGGGAAAACUGGUGAGAUUCCAGUCUUGCCAAAAAGUGCUUUCACUGUGGGGCUCACUGUGCUGAGCAAGUUUCCCUCUUCAGACAUACCCAUUAAGUUUGACAGGAUCUUGUAUAACGAAUUCAACCAUUACGAUAUAGCUACAGGAAAAUUCAUUUGCCACAUUGCCGGGGUCUAUUACUUCACCUACCAUAUCACUGUUUUCUCUAGGAAUGUACAGGUAUCUUUAGUCAAAAAUGGGGUAAAAGUCCUGCACACCAAGGACGGUUAUAUCAGCUCUGAGGACCAGGCCUCCAGCGGCAUUGUACUGCAGCUGAAGCUUGGGGACGAGGUGUGGAUGCAGGUGACAGGAGGGGAGAGGUUUAAUGGAUUGUUUGCAGAUGAGGAUGAUGACACAACUUUCACAGGCUUCCUUUUGUUCAGCAGCUAAUGAGGGAGACAUGUUUAUAAAUCUGCUUUGCCACUCAUCAGAAUCAGCUCGGUGAAGACAUGAUUGGAUGAUUUUUCUGUAUUAUUUACUCUCAUUAUUGUAACAACAAGU